UAGUUUUCUCAAAGUAGCCAAAAAUAAUUUUCAGAUUAAUUGGUGGAAACCAAGACCUUAUAAUCAGUUCUUUGAUCGACGAGUAAUAUUUAUGUGAGAGACUAUCCACUCUGCUACACUUCUGAACGGCUCAUUAGCACCACGACAGAAUGAGCAGCCACAACCCGAUAGUUCGAUCGGACAAUGGAUCAUCGUGUUAUAGCAGUAACCCUAGAACCAACCCCUCCUCGAUACACGAGGGCAGCUCCCUGAAGAAACCUGGAGGAUUUAACGUCGAGGAGGUGUCGAAUAUGGUGAAGGGCUGUAUUGAGUCUCGUCUGGGGGGACAGGGGACUGCCUACUCGCACAACAGUGUCAGCCACUGGACAGCGGGAAUUGUGGAGGAUGUGUUAAAACAGCUGUCAGUCAUGAACGACAAUUACAAAUACGUGGCAACAUGUGUGAUAAUGGAGCGAAACGGAACUGGACUGCAUACAGCCAGCAGCUGCUACUGGGACAACCAGACAGACGGUUCAUGCUCUGUCCGGUGGGAGAACAAGUCCAUGUACUGCAUAGUGUCCGUAUUCGCUCUCGCAGUCUAGACCAAAUUAUAACCCCCGGCCAACUUCUCUGACAUCCCACUUGUCAUCAUGACUUCUCAACUUAUGUCUACUACAUCACUCAUUGUCGAAUUUAACUGUAGCUGCUCUACAUCUAUAGACAUCGAGGACCUCAACACUCCGUCGAAGCUUUCACAAUAUCGCAAUCCUCAAAAGUACAGCUUAUUUCUAAGCUCUAUCAAAAAGGGAGAAAACUUGUGGGAAAGGUGUCUGAAAAAGAUCAAUAGAAAAACUGUAACCUACAAAACUGACUAGUUUCCAUUGUUGUUUUUAUUUUUGCUUUUGGAUCUCUGUGAGAUCUUAAAAAUUUAGUGGCAUUAAGAUUCGAAGAAUUUCGGUUGUGGUUUCUUGGGUGCUUUUUAUGCAGUCUGAUUAGUUUUAGCAAGCAAUUUUAGUGCUUCAAAAUAUGAUACCUAAUUUAUUGGAACUUUGAUAAAAAAUGAGUGUGAAUUUAAAAUUAUAUCGAAAAAGAGUGCUUGAAAAUAUACCGAU